CCUGUGAGAUGGGGGUAGUCUAUAAACUUCGCCUGACACCCCAGAACAACGAAACACCGGGUGCUCGCCUUGUUAGGAACAUGAACACCAGUGGCAUGACACGGUCAGAUCGAAACCGCUGCCCACCAAUCCACUUCUGUUGUCGCGUGCUGUUGUUACACGGACACAUUCCUCUCGGCGGCGUGGAGAUCAUAGCGCCCGUUUCACUUUUACGGAGCCAACGUCUCCCCCUUGCCUCCCCGUCCGCACAUCGUCGGCUACAACUCCACGAGGCUAAAAGCUAGCGACCCAGGAACCGGGUGGGAAGACAUAUUCCGCGGUAGCCCACCACCUCAAGGCUGUUCCCAAGCAUUGAUCCCCAGAUACACAGACAAGAGAUGUGAACUCGGCUCGCCAUGCCGUUCCAGACAACCCAAGAUCAACGCCGCUACCGCCCUCUGACCCCUUCUCCCCUCAAUCCCAACACCUAUCUCAAUGGCGAUCGCGACCACCAGGGGCAGCAGCGGCCCCAAUGGCCCAACGGGACAUCAAGACGACCGCUCAAGGUCGUUCGCUGCAACACCUCUUCGCGAAUCGCGCAGAGAUACGCCGCGCUGGCGAACGAGAGCCCGACCCAGCGCCUGCUCCGCCAGAAAGCAGCCGCGGCCUGGCAGCUGACCGGAGCGCUGCAAGCCCGUCGUCACCAAGCG